AUGAAACCCAACCCUAAUAAAAACUCUUCCCCAAACAUGAAACCAAACCCUAAUACAAACUCUUCCCAAAACAUGAAACCCAACCCUUAUACAAACCCUUCCCCAAACAUGAAACCCAACCAUAAUACAAACCCUUCCCUGAACAUGAAACCCAACCCUUAUACAAACCCUUCCCCAAACAUGAAACCCAACCCUAAUAGAAACUCAUCCCCAAAGAUGAAACCAAACCCUAAUAGAAACUCUUCCCAAAACAUGAAACCCAACCCUUAUACAAACCCUUCCCCAAACAUGAAACCAAACCCUAAUAGAAACUCUUCCCAAAACAUGAAACCCAACCCUAAUACAAACCCUUCCCCAAAGAUGAAACCAAACCCUAAUAGAAACUCUUCCCAAAACAUGAAACCCAACCCUUAUACAAACCCUUCCCCAAACAUGAAACCCAACCCUUAUACAAACCCUUCCCCAAAGAUGAAACCAAACCCUAAUAGAAACUCUUCCCCAAACAUGAAACCCAACCCUUAUACAAACCCUUCCCCAAACAUGAAACCCAACCCUUAUACAAACCCUUCCCCAAACAUGAAACCCAACCCUUAUACAAACCCUUCCCCAAACAUGAAACCCAACCCUAAUACAAACCCUUCCCCAAACAUGAAACCCAACCCUUAUACAAACCCUUCCCAAAACAUGAAACCCAACCCUUAUACAAACCCUUCCCCAAACAUGAAACCCAACCCUUAUACAAACCCUUCCCUGAACAUGAAACCCAACCCUUAUACAAACCCUUCCCCAAACAUGAAACCCAACCCUUAUACAAACCCUCCCCAAACAUGA